AUGGACCCUCGAUCGUGGACCCGCCAUCUCACCGGCUACUUCGUCUACAUCCUGCUCGUCGCAACCCUGGGCCCGCUGCUGUUCGGCUUCCACUUGUCUGAGCUCAACGCACCCGAAGAUGUCAUCCGCUGCAAGAAGAAGUCGAUCAAGUCGACAACGGCCGGCCCGAACCUCCCACAAUGCAUCGAGAUGAGCCCCACCGAAUGGGGCGUCGUUGGCUCCAUGUACACACUGGGCGGUCUGAUAGGAGCGCUCUCAGCAGGACCGCUGGCAGGAAGAUACGGAAGACUCAGGACCAUGCAAAUCACGACCAUCUUCUUCGCAAUCGGUCCUGUCUUCGAAGCUCUCAGUCCAGGCAUUGGAGUCAUGGCAUUUGGAAGGCUGCUGUCGGGAGUAGGUGCAGGCGCGUCAGUGGUUAUUGUGCCCCUCUACAUCUCAGAGAUCGCACCGCCAGCUGAAAAGGGCUUCUUUGGCGCCUUUACGCAGAUCAUGUGCAAUGUUGGCAUCUUGAUUGCACAGCUGCUGGGGUACUUUCUCAGCCACGACUCGUACUGGAGGAUCAUCUUGGCUAUUGGUGGUCUCAUUGGCAUUGUGCAGGCGACGGGGCUGCUACUGUCGGUCGAAAGCCCAAAAUACCUCGCCGAGCAGGGCAACAUAUCGCUUGCGAAAAAGACUUUACGCAAGAUCAGAGGCGAAUACGCCGACAUUGAUGAUGAGAUGGAUAAUUGGGGAGUGACAGGGUCAGGAAACAUCAACGAAGAAGAACAGACACUCUUGCACAACGAAGACGACUCGUCUGAAGCGCGACCAAAACAGUCUAGCAAAGACGAGACGCUGAGCAUCAUGCAGGUAUUGCGCCACUCCGACUACCAGAAAGCUGCUAUCGCUGUCAUCAUGGUCAUGCUUGCCCAACAGUUUAGCGGGAUCAACAGCAUCGUCAUGUACGGUGUAUCUCUCUUGGCAGGUCUGCUCGAGUCCAACUCUGCUUUGCUCAAUCUCGCCGUUUCUGCGCUCAACAUCGUCGUGACGGCAGGGUGUGCACCUCUGGCUGACAAGUUGGGCCGCAAGACGUGCCUCCUCAGCUCUCUUGCGGGCAUGGGCACCAGCUCGCUCCUGCUUGCCAUCGGUAUCAUCAAGUCAAUUCCUGUCCUCUCUGCCAUUGCAGUUUUGCUCUUCGUAUCGAGCUUUGCCGUUGGUCUCGGUCCGGUGCCCUUCAUACUGGCGAGCGAGCUCGUGGGUCCGGACGCAGUAGACGCGACGCAGAGCAUUGCCCUUGGUGCCAAUUGGAUCGCGACCUUUGUCGUUGCGCAGUUCUUCCCUCUAGCAAGCGCAAAGCUACACGGGAAGGUUUACUUCAUUUUCGCCGCGUUGUCCGCUUUCUUCUUUGCCUUCAUUUCCUGGUUUGUACCAGAGACAAAAGGCAAGAAGAAUGCCGAUGAGGUCUGGGACCUUCCGCCACUUUACUCACCACACCCUACGAGUCCAGGACGAGACAGUUUUGAUUUCCAGACGACAGCGCAGGAAUUGGAGAGGCAUGACCAAGCUGCAAGACCUGCGACCCACAAUCCACCCAACUCCAUAAUCUCGCCUGCCUUUACACCCCCCGCGACUCCGGGCGUCUCCACACCCUCACAUCCGCGACCGCCGCGCUCGAUACCAGUUGACACCUCACUACACGCCGACUCGCCGCGACCCGAACUGCUGCAAAAGCUGCCACAAGUAGAAUGCGAGGUGCGCGCGCGGAUACCCACAACCACCGGGCAUGAGAUGUGGUUGCACGUCUACCGGAACAAUGUAGACACGAAAGAACAUCUGGCCAUUGUCUUCGGACAUCAAAUACGGUCAACUUCUCUAGAUGCGGAAAGACCAGGGGAAACAGAACUAGACCGUAUGACGAGGGGCGCAUACGUAGGACGCUUAUACCCAGGGCGAACCAGCUCGCGGGUCGAGCAACUCAAGCGAGCAGAAGGCAUUCCGUCCAAACGAAAGCCGGAUAGCGAAUCUUCACAUAUGGACAAGAGCAAUGGGCUUUUGUCUCCAUCCUCAGCAUCCUCGGCGUCCUCGGAAAACGGAGAGGUACAAACAAUCUCCUCCUCCGAGCUGCCCCUCGUUCGUAUACACUCGGAAUGCUACACUGGCGAAACCGUGUGGUCCGCGCGCUGCGACUGCGGCGAACAACUAGACGAGGCAGCUCGAUUGAUGGCAGAUCCUUUCUUAUCCCCAUCAGGCGGGGCAAUCAUAUACCUCCGCCAAGAAGGACGCGGCAUUGGCCUCGGCGAGAAACUCAAAGCGUACAAUUUACAGGAUCUGGGCAAUGACACGUACGAAGCGAACAUCCUGUUAAGACAUCCCGCCGACGCGCGAAGUUACGGGCUUGCAACGGCUAUGCUGAUGGACUUGGGCCUGGAUGGAGAACGCGGGAUCAGACUAUUGACGAAUAACCCGGAUAAAGUAAGAGCUGUAGAGGGGCCGGGGAGAGAGGUCGUAGUGAGAGAGCGGGUGGCUAUGGUGCCGCUUGCGUGGAAGACGGGGGGUGAGAGGGGCAUCAAGAGCGACGAGGUAGAAAAGUAUCUAAGUACGAAGAUCGAGAAAUUUAAACACAUGUUGGACCAGCAGAAAUAG